AUGCUCCGAGCCCUAGAUCCAAGUGAGGUCAUGAAUGAAAUACCCAUGCACGACCACAGUUCGCACUCCCACUCCCAUAAACAUCAUGGUCAUUCACAUCACGAUGGUCACAAUCACAGUCAUGGUCAUGGCUCCCCCUCUCCUCCUCCUACAGACCCAGCUGCUCCUUCUGUCGUUCCUGUCGUGCCCGUAGAUGAGUUGAACCUCUUUCAGGCCGCGCAGAGAGGAGCCACUGAUCGAAUCGCACAGUUGAUUGAACAAGGUCUAGCCAAAGCUACGGAUCUGGAUGCUGAAAAGUGUACUGCUCUACAUUGGGCUGCCAUAAACAAUCAAUUGAUUGCUGCAAAGUAUCUUGUUGAUCAGGGAGCCAUAGUGGAUGCUCCUGGCGGCGACUUACAAGCAACACCUCUACACUGGGCUGCCCGUACAGGCCACGUACAAAUGGUCACAUUCCUGUGGAAGAAGGGUGCCGACCCAACAAAAUACGACAAUCAAGGUUACAAUGCUCUGCACCUCGCCGCCCACGAAGCUCAUCCAAUGAUGAUGGUCUUCCUCAUAUCUAUUGGAAUGGACGUGGACUCUUCGGAUCAGCAUGGGCGGUCUGGCCUAGUCUGGGUCUGCUACCAAGGCAAAUCGCUAGAUUGUUUGGAGGUCUUGAUUCGAUACAAGGCUUCGUUGGAUAAAGCGGACUCUACUGGGUUUACGCCAUUGCAUUGGGCUGUCGUAGCACAAAAGAUGGCAUUCGCUCGCAGACUACUUGUCGCUGGAGCCAGAACAGACAUACCUGAUCCAAAGGGGCAAACUCCUGGUGAUUGGGCCAAAGAACGUAACAUGGAAAAAGAAUGGAAGACUCUUGUAACUCGGUCUAGACAGACAGGUUGGCUUGCCAGUCAAUUUAAAAUGCUAGACAAGGAUCGUGUAAACACUAUGUUAUAUCUGGUUCCGUUUAUUGCACAACCUAUAAUUAUGGGCAUUCUGUCUUAUUACUCAUGGUACAUCGCCUUCCCUGCAUCAUUCGCUUUCGCCUUGUUGGUCUUUCAUCAAGUGGUGACGAAUGGACUUAUCGGACGCGAUGCUGACUUGAUUGGGACUCCCUUCUUAACGGCCAUACCACAAGCGAGCUCUUGGAUUGUUGGCUUUACUUGGAUAUUUCGAGUACUACCUUAUUCGGGCUUCUUGACCUUCUAUCAUAUUGCUUUCCUAUGUCUCUUCACGUGCAUGAUGUAUACAUUCUACAUGGCUAUUUUCACUGAUCCUGGAUAUAUCGAGUACACUGGAUCUGAAGAAGACAAGAAGAAGUUGGUUAUAACACUUGCGGAGAGCGGAUUGUUGGAUCAUCGUCAUUAUUGUGUUGUUUGUUGCAUCCGAAAGCCAUUACGAUCAAAGCAUUGCAAGCAUUGCGAUAAAUGUGUUGCACAGUUUGACCAUCAUUGUCCAUGGACAAAUAAUUGCAUUGGAGUCAAGAACCAUAGAUACUUUAUGCAAUUCCUAGUGCUAUUCUUCAUCUCUGCAGUGACUUUUGCAUAUAUUGGUUUGAGCUAUGUUUCGGCCGUAACAGAAUCUCUCGUGACGGCUGAGUGUGGAACACUCUGUACAUGGAUGACAUAUGAUGCAUGGACAAUGUGGAAUGUCUGGUGGUGCAUCCUCAACUCGCUAUGGACAAUCAUACUCUUCAUGGUCCAAUCAUAUCAAGUGUCUGUAGCAAAGACAACGAACGAAACUGCUAACUGGCAUCGAUAUGAUUACCUUGUUCACCCUGAAGAUGUACUCAAACCGCUGUACAUGAAGCGAAUGUUCAAUCCCUUCGAUAAGGGUGUCUUAAAAAACUGUAUUGGGUUUUGGAAGGGGCCUGAGCCUGGUAGUCGGAUUUCUCAUUUGUAUGAGUUGAAUGAGAGACAGGGUGAAGGUGAAAAGGAUGGACUGUUGAAUGGAAUCAAGAUGGUGUAA